ACAAUAUAUCAUGUACAACCAGGUCAGCCUAGAAUUAACCCUCACCAUUACACUUAUACAGUAGUUUAGGGUUAAAAUCUCCUCUAAGCUUUGUUAAAUACAACCUAAGGUGCCAUUUGAUUCUAUAUUUGAAUCCAAUAUUCGAUAUUUGGAUUCUUAUACAAAUUGGGGUUUAAACAAAUUUAGUGUUUUCAAUAUGAAGAAUAUAAACAUACAUUAUAUAGAUCUAGAAAAUUUCGAGUAUAAAGAGUAAAGGUUUAUAGAUUAGAUAGUAUUUAUUUAGGUUAAAACACUUUAACAUUUAAAUAUUUCAAACAGAUAAAUGUGAGACGGCUGUCUGAUCACGUUACUUUACCUGCUAUAAAAAAAAUGAACAACAACUAUCGGGGAAAAUUUGGAUUAGUUUAAACAUAGCCAUGGAGUUGGAGACUAUAGUACUCAAUGCAAACUGUAGUGUACAUUCAGAGGGACAGUUGAAAUAUUACUGUGAAGAUCAUGACACUGUUAUAUGUGACGCCUGCUGUCAUACUGAACACAAUAAAUGCCUGAAAAUAGUUGACUUAAACAACGCAUCACAAGGAGUCAAGAAUCACCAACAACACAAAAUCAAACAGGCCAGCUUGAAUAAUCUAAAAGAUGACCUUGAAAAACUUAAGGUAACAAGAAACGAUGACAAUAGAAGGAUUGAAGAGGAAAAACGUCAAAUCAGAACGAAAAUGCAAAACGCGGCUUCAAAGUUAAAAAAUAAGUUGGACAACUUAUUAAAAACUAGAACUGCCACUAUCAUGGCGUGAAUACCCCCGCAUACCACUUUGUCAGAAUCAACAGUGGCCAUUUAGAGCUCAAGGACAACCUCCCUGCCAAAUCUGAGGUUACUAAGCCAGUGCAUUGCUAAGUUAUGUAUUCUACAUGCUUCAAAUGUGAAAAUGUCAAAAUCAAUACACUGCGGACAGGCAUUCUUUAGCAAUUGAGAAGAAAAGCUUUUUUUGUCAAGGUCCCUGUGACCUUGACCUUUGACCCAGUGACCUCAAAAUCAAUAGGGGUCACCUUAUGGUCAUGAUCAACAUC